UUUUUUUUAUAUACCAAACAAAUCAUAAAUGUACACACACACACAUAAUAAUAAAAAUUCUCUUUACUUGUUCGAUUGCUAUUGUAUGAAUGUGAUCAGUUUUUUUUUGUUCUGUUUCUGUCAAAAAUGCCACGUCGUUUAAGACGAAGAAAAUCUUCAAUAUCAAUCACAUCAUCAUCCGAUGAUAAUCAACAACAAUCAAUCAACAUUUUUAUUACCAUUGGAUGAACGUGAUGAAUCAUGGACAAUUGGAAAACAAAUAUGGAUGUUCAAUUCGAUUGGUAAUCGAAAACAAUCGGAAAGUUGGCGAUCAAUAAUCAUUCAAAUGUCAUUGAUAAUGGCCACAAUUAUUUUCUGUUUUUACACAUAUUUUUGGUUUGAACAUUUUCAUUAUUAUUUAACACGAUUCUAUGCACAUCAUGUUGAUGAUCAUCAUGCUCAACAUGUGCUGGGACAUAAAUUGAUCCGUAAUCGUUCACAUGCAGAAGCAUUUCAUUGGUUUCGUAAAUCUGCCGAUCAUGGCCAUCCACAUUCGGCAUAUAAUCUGGCUGUUGGUCAUCUAAGUGGAUAUCGUACCGAUGUUAAACAAGGUGAAGUUCGACAAUUGUUACGAUUUGCAGCAAAGAAUGGUGUACAAGAGGCACGUGAAUUGCUUCGUGGUCUUUGUCGUGAGAAACCAAAAUAUUGUGAUUUGUAAUGAAAAAAAAUAAAUUUUGGAAAUGAGUUCAUCUUAUUUACAAGAUACAUUCAAUUACAAUAGAACAUAUAUAGAUGUAGAGUAGAUAAUAAAUGUAAUGGAAAACUAUUAUUAUUAUUUGAUUUUAUCACUAGUAGGUACGGCCUGAUAGAUUCGGCCACAGAAUAAUCCGAAUAAAAAUAUGAAAAGAAUGAUUGUUAAUAGAAA